CGGUGGCUGCUGCGCAUGUGCGGGGCGGCGGCGGCGGGAGAGAGACAGAGAGAGAGAGAGAGAGAGGGAUUUGGGCGCAGUUUGAAAUGAGAAAGUGGCCGCAGAAAUGAAACAUUAAGCUUCAAUGCUUUUGUGUAUUUAACAAGUUAAAAUGGCAUCAUCAGAGUCGGAAUAUACUAUUGGUGGGGUGAAAAUUCUCUUUCCAUGCAAGGCAUACCCAUCCCAACUCGCCAUGAUGAAUUCAAUUAUUCGAGGUUUGAACUGCAGGCAGCACUGCCUAUUAGAGAGCCCAACAGGAAGUGGGAAGAGUCUUGCGUUGCUCUGUUCGGCACUGGCUUGGCAGCAGUCUCAAUAUGAAAAAGCUGCAGCUGGAGAUUCUUCAAGUGAUUGCAAGAAAGAGGGAAGCACAUCCUUGUGUAACUGCGACUGUCAUGUGGCAAGACCAUCUUCCGCUCAAACUACAGCAAUCAGCCAAACAGCAGCAACAAGUCCAGAUGCUUCAGCAAGUGCAAAAUUCUCACCAUAUUCAGACCAAGAUGCUGAUAAUAUUUCAAGGAAUACUUUGGCUUCUAAAUUACGUGCCAAGAUGACAGCAUCUUUAAUUGUGGUCGAUGAUGAUUUUCAAGUGGAAAAGAAGCGGAUACGUGAGCCGUUGAAUGACCCACCGGUGAGAAAGCGGAGGUGUUUUGAGCCAGGAAUACUUUAUAUUGACGAUGAAAGUGAUGGGGAGAAUGCAGGAUCGCACAAAUGGAAUGUAGAUUUGAAUUCCAAGGCGCAGCAUGUUAUACCUUCGCCACAAAUAUCGCUUCCUAGCACCUGCACUCUUUGUCCUUGUGCUUGUACAAAGACUGGAAAAGGUGAGAACGUUGCAAAAAGGAAGCAGAAAGGUGAAAAAAUGCAUAUCCCGAAAAUCUUUUUUGGGACUCGCACGCACAAGCAGAUAACGCAGAUCACUCAUGAACUGCGGCGCACAGCAUACUCCCGUGUCAGGAUGACAAUCCUAUCGAGCAGAGAUCAUACCUGUGUCCAUCCUGAAGUGUCGAGCAGCCACAACAGGAACGAGAAGUGCAAAGAACUCCUGGAAGAGAACAGUGGGAAAUCGUGUCUUUACUUUCAUGGUGUCCAUAAAAUGAAAGAACAGAGUAGUUUACAGUGUGUUCAUGGCCUGCAUCUCGCCUGGGAUAUAGAGGAGCUAUUGCGUGUUGGAAAGAAAAUCCGUGCGUGUGCAUACUUUGCAGCUCGGGAGCUCAUGCAAGACGCAGAUAUUGUGUUCUGUCCGUACAAUUACCUUUUGGACCCACAAAUAAGAGCGAGCAUGGAGAUUCAAUUGAAGGAUCAGAUUGUCAUUUUGGAUGAAGCACAUAAUAUUGAGAACUGCGCACAGGAGUCAUCUAGUUUUACUGUCUCACAAAAUCAGUUGCUGUUUGCUCGAGAAGAACUGGACAGCAUGGUCAACCAUGACAUCAGGAAAACUGACCAUGAACCACUGCGUGCAGUCUGCUACAGUUUCACCAAUUGGCUUAAGGAGAGCUCUGGCACUCUAGUGGAGAGAGAAUAUGAAACAUCCCACAGGGUUUGGCAUGGGAAGGAGAUGCUGAAUGUUUUUCACAGCUGGGGGUUAACAAGUUCUACAUUUCCCAUUUUACAGAAACACCUGGCUGCUGUGAUAGAAAAAGAAGAGAAAGUUAUUACAGUGGAUAGGCGAGAAGAGUUAAUAAAGCUGCCUACUGUAAGUGCUCCAACACAGAUGGUGUUGAAAGGACUCUUUAUGGUGCUUGAUUUUCUCUUCAGGGAUUCCAGCAGGUUUGCAGAUGACUAUAGGGUGGCAGUAUUACAGACUUAUAUGUGGACCAACCAGCCAGAUCUCGCUGAUGAAAAUGGUUUUUUUGCACGUCCACGGAAUAGAAGAAAAGCACGGCAGAAAACGUCUGUCUUAACGCUGAAUUUUUGGUGUCUCAACCCAGCAGUUGCUUUUUCAGAUCUUAGUGGUAGUUUAAGGACCAUUGUCCUGACAUCAGGAACGUUAUCCCCUAUGGAAUCCUUUUCCUCUGAACUUGGAGUGAAAUUCAGUAUCCAGCUGGAGGCAAAUCAUGUCAUUGACAAAUCGCAGGUGUGGGUAGGAACGAUUGGGUUAGGACCAAAAGGUCGGAAGCUCUGUGCCACAUUCCAGCAUACAGAGACAUUUGAGUUCCAGGAUGAGAUUGGAGAUUUGCUACUGCACAUCUGUCAGACUGUGACUCGGGGAGUCCUCUGCUUUUUGCCUUCAUACAAGAUGCUGGACAAGAUGCAAAAUCGCUGGAGGUACACAGGACUGUGGAAUAAACUGGAAGAGAUCAAAGUGGUCAUCACUGAGCCACAAGGAGGCGACAAAAAUGACUUUGAUGGAUUGCUAAAGUCCUAUUAUAACGCUAUAAAGGACAAAGGAGACAAAGAUGGAGCUCUCUUGGUAGCUGUUUGCAGGGGAAAAGUCAGUGAAGGACUGGAUUUCACUGAUGAUAAUGCCCGUGCUGUUGUUACAAUAGGAAUUCCUUUUCCUAAUAUCAAAAAUCUUCAGAUUGAACUGAAGCGGAAGUAUAAUGACCAGCAUUCACAGACCCGAGGUCUGCUUCGUGGUAGUCAGUGGUAUGAUAUUCAGGCGUUUCGAGCAUUGAACCAAGCACUGGGCAGGUGCAUCCGACAUAAGAAUGACUGGGGAGCACUGAUCCUGGUUGAUGAUCGAUUUAGGAAUAAUCCAAAUAGAUACAUAAAUGGGCUGUCAAAGUGGGUUCGUCAACAGGUCCACCAUCAUCCAGACUUCAGCAGUGCUUUACAGUCAUUGGCCACGUUUUCCAAAGCUCAGCAGGAAGAUGUUGACACUUUGCACAAGAGUAUUAACAAGGUGCUUGAUGUAGCCCCAGUAGGUGAAGGUGAAGGCUUGCUGAGGACUCCAGUUGUUCAGAACAAGGAUCUCCAAUCAGAGAUUUCCAACGCACAAGUUGGAAUCAUUAGUCCGAAUUGCACCCUGCCAGGUGCUAGCACGGCAAGCCGCAAGUUUAAUGCUGAUAUUAUUCCUCCACUUCCUUCCUGCAGUUCCGAUACAAUGAGAUCUGUGGAAGUACCAGGUCACCAAAACGACGAUCCUCCUACAAUCGUAAUGACCAGGACUCCGCUCUUCAGAAAUUCUCGUGUCCCAGGGAAAGGUGGAAACAUCGGUAACACAAAAUCAUCAACAACUAUUAUGCAGUAUUUCAAUAAAAGGCCUUUGACUUCAACCCCUAUACAGACACCACCACCACAGUCCCACAUAUCAACUGUUGACCUCACUCAAGAUUACGCUGAUGAUUGGAAUAUUCUGUGUAACUCUGUUAAAAAUAUUCAACAAAAAACGGAAAGAACUGCAUCUCACUGCAAUGGACUGUCAGAGAAAAAUCAAAAUUCAGCCGCAAUAAAUAUCACAGAGAAUAUAUUGUUAAAUGUAGUAAAAUGUGAAUCUCAGGAAAAACAAAUCAUGUACGACAGUAUAGGGAAUUCUUACAAUAGUUCUACGUCUGAGUCACCCUCUUCCGUUUCGGAUUCAGUUUGUGAGUGUGAGGCCGAGGUAAUAGAUGAAGAGGAGGAUAAUGAGAAGGAUGAUUCAUUGUUUUUUACUCCCGAGCUUUUUGAUGAGGAUCCAGAGGAAGACUAUUUAAUGGAAGCAAAGCAAAGUAGCCCCCAGAUAGCUGAUGGUACUGCUCUUGAACCUGAGAGCGUAGAAACUGAUAGUGCCAAAAUGUUUCAGAGUACCAAUGGAGAACCCGUUCACCUUGACAGGCCAGCAAGAUCCAAUGAGAAAGAUAUGGCGGGCUCAAUUAUCAGAGGGGAUUAUCUGUAUCCCCACCCGCAAGCGAAAGAUGACAAUGUGCCUAAAUUAACUGUACUGAUAGAUAGUGAGGAGGCUGCCAGCUCACAUUAUCAGCAAGUGGAUGAGCCAGCAGAAACUGACCAAAAACUAUCAAAGAGAAAACAUAGGCUGAGCAGAUCGAGAAAUAAAGGCAUUAAUAAUUCAUCGGCAUUGUCCAGAUGGAAUCACCAAAGUGAUAGCCCCAACAUGGAGAUUAGGACAGUAUCAAAACUUUGCGUCCCGAAACAAGAAAUCAGUUCAGUCUGUUCUGAGAGAGAACCUAGCCAUCGAAAGCCUAGUGUACGUCCGAGAGAUAGAAGGAAGGUUAUGGAGCAUGCUGAUGUUGAAAGUCGAAUGAACAAGCACAAAGAUUGUACAAAGAGAUCAAAUAAAAAUAAACAAAGUCGAAAACACAAGGAUGAUUUUUUAAAAUGGAAUGAUCUUUGCAAACAAAACAAAAGCAAAAAACACAAGCCAAGGUAUGCGGUGGGUGAAAAAGCCACAAAGUUCAACAUUGUCCAGGAGGCAAGUGUGGAAAUGAAUAACAAUAAGGAAAAUGUAGUGAAACGAAAGCCUGUUUUAUCGAAGGUGAGUGAUUCCACAAUAAUUCAAAAUACUGGAAGCUCAAAGACAGACAGUCUAGAUUUGAUUAUGCCGAGUUACAGCUUAAGAAGCAAACGUGUGAAAAUACUCCGCAACAGAUAUAAUCAAAGCACAACUCGGGUAGAAAAACAAAACCAAUUAAACGAUGAUCAGAUUGCUGAAGGAAAGGACACUUCACAUAGUAAAACAUCAACCAAAGCAGUCUUUUUCAAGCAGCGCAGAAAUAAGUUUACAAAACCUUAUAAAAUACGUGCGUUAGACUCUAAACAAUCGACAAAGAACAAAAGAGGAGCAAGAUCUAAGAUUGUUAGCGCUCAGCUGUUGGCUGGCUGUAUGCAGCAAGGGGAAGAAUGUCAUGGAAAGACCAAAGCUGACAGAGAGACAGCACCCACAGUCCAGUUUGAAGUACUAAUGGUAGAGGAAUAUCCUUCUCCAGUGCAUACGGCUUUUUUACAGUGUGAAAAGGAUACAAUAGAUACUUCGGGGAUAGGUGUCCAGGGGAAUGCACACUCUGAAAUGUUGGACUGCCUGCCCGAAAUUGGAAAGGCGAGCGCAUCAGACAAUAAAAUGAAUCCAAUUUUCUACCAAGGGAACAAUGCAUCAGUUGUAGAGAAAGAGAAUUCAGAACUUAAUUUACCAACUCUCACAAGGUUCAUCCCUGAUACAAAAAUCGGUUCAGGGUUAAAGAUAAACACAUCACGGAACAGAAAUAGUUACCGAAAAGCUAGAGGGAAGAAGAAGGAGAAGCAAGGACUACAGCCAUGCCAACUUGGACUGUAUUGUGUGUCCUGUGGUUCUGAAAUAUUCGCAGACGCCCCAGGCUUGCUGGUGAGAGCUCCCUGUAGGAGUAGCAGUAUUGCCAAACUGAAGACAAUCUUCCAAAACACAACUAGAAAAUCAAAGAUUCCGAACCUCCGUUGCUAUUGUCAAAAUCAACCAGCCCAGGCCACAAACUCGGAGGACAUUCUACUAGUUGUGGAAGACGAAAGAGGAAUUUCUUACCUUAAGGAAAGAACACAACCCUACGAAGCCACAAUAAUCAGCAAAGGACCUCAGCAGACUGGACUAACAUUAAAUGCCACAUGGAAUUCUCAGGAAUCUUCUCUAACCACCUACUUACAAUGCAGAAACUGUGUCAGUCAACUGACUCCUCACUGUUCAUUGAUAGGUGCUGAAAUAAUACAGCUAAAAAAUGUUCCUCAACCAAAGGUUAAGAGCAUUGGAAAUGAGAAAAAACUCAAUCUGCAAGAUUGA